AUGAAAAGAGAUAUAACUCAGCUACUAUCCCCAGAGUUGUCUCAGCUGUCUUCCAGAAAUGAUAAAAAACGUAAGCCAACGAAUCUGAAUAAAAAGGUUCAGACAGUGUUAAAUUUCCCAUCGUCAUCACCAAAUGCGUCUCAAUCAACUACAUGUCCAACAUGUGGUAUGACAUACUAUAGCCAUGUGUCAAAGGAUAAUGAUGUUCAUAAUAAAUACCAUUUCAACUUUAUCAAUGGUAUUCCGUGGCCUACAUCAUUUUGUAACAAUGUGCUUGAGAGAUUUAUUGUAGUAGAUCAUACGACUGGUAAGGCCAAAGGGACUUCAAAAUCGAAGAAAUCACAAGCUGCAUCUAAGGAGACGUUGGUUAUGACUAUUGACAGAAGGGCUAGUAAACAAGUGAAGCGAGUGGAGGAAAUAUUGAAAGUAGUCAAUGGAGAACUAAAUGCUGCAUCGGAUGGUAAGGCAUGGCAAAAAGACCACAAGGGACCAAUCCAAGGAAGGGCAUUUAUUGUGGUAAUAGAUGGACGGGCUAUUGGGAUAUGUACAACAGAGCCAAUUCAAGAUGUGGAUCAACAGUGUAGGUGGAUAAUCCAUAGAACUCAAGCACUUGUGCCGAACCAGGUGAAUAGGCUGAUUAAAUUGGGAAUUUCACGUAUAUGGAUAGCCCCUAAAUGGAGACGAUACGGGUUAGCAAGGAGGCUACUUGAUAUUGUUUUGGUUCAUUCUGUAUAUGGAAUUGUGCUUGAUAAAAAAGAAAUCGGAUUUAGCCAGCCUAGCUUUAGUGGUGGACUACUAGCCAAAAGCUUUAACGGGGUUACACAUAAGAGCGGUGAAAUCCUAAUACCUGUAUACCUAGAAGAAUAA